CUUCUGAUCCAGGUUAUGAUGACAAUAUUGCACUUUAAUUAUUUAGAAACUCCCUUUUUUUAUUUUUUUUUAUUUUGCAAUUCUUUGUGGUUUUUCCAGCCUGGGAAUGACUUGUUAAGCAGGCUGGAAGUGUGGGAGAUGCUUUUCUAGUCAACACCAGAUGGCAACAAUGCGCUAUGGUUUUCCCUGCUACAGUGUUUCCUAUUGUCCUGAUUUGAAGUUUAAUAUACUUUCAAAACCUCACAAUAAAUGCUUGAUUAAGCGUUUCCAUGCCGAAUGUCAGCAGGCUGUUAUCCACAUCUUCUGUUGAAACGCUAUGAAUUUUCACACAGGGACUCCUAUAUAUUUAUUCAGUGAUAUUAUGAACACUUUGGAAAUAUCAAAAUCAGCCUAUAAAGAGGGUAUUUGGAUUAAGAGAUCAAAUCAGAGUGCCAGGAAGAGAGCAUUGGGAAAACAUGCAGACUUUUUUUCCCCCCGUUUUUUUGGUCGGAUUGAAAAUUGCUAUGUUAAUUGGAAUUGCACAAAAUUGGGCCAAGAGACCUUGGAGCCAGAGAAUGUGCAAUAGACACUGCAAGUUGGACAGCAUAUAACCAUUUACUCGUGCACUCCCCUGCUUUUUCCACCCUGAGAAAUAUAUCUUGAAGUGAAACUUAUUGAUGCACUGAAUGUUUAUAGUUAUACUAUAGUAAUUAUAGAAUUACUAAUUAAUAUCUACAUUGUUUAAUUGUAUCAUUUGCUUAGGCAUAUUAAAUCAUGGCCCACCUCACUGCUAUCUACCAGCUGGUUGAUUCUGGGUCAUCCAACUAAUCCAUUAUUUUAAACAAAGCACUGCAAAUAUAAGUGGCCUUAUAAUGCACCAACUAAGAACAUUCUGGUAAAGAGCAGUCAACAAAGAUGACUGCUCUCUAUGAGUUAGAGCUAGCUAUGACGCUGCUGUGAAUGACCCAUCUGAAUGGAAUCCAGCUGGUGGGGUUUGUUUAAAAAUAAAGAACUGGCUUAUCUUAAGCUACAGGUGUUUACCAAAGUCAACAGUACAUUAGCAUGAUAUGCAGCCUGCGUUCGCUGUCUUUGAUUAUGCCAUCACUUCUUUUACUCAAGUUUGUUUGUUAGUUUCAAUAGUAGUACAUUGAUGGGCUCUGGAUCCACCUCAACCAUGACCAGCUACAGAAUAUGAAUGAAUAAUGUACCAAAAUGAUGAAAGUUCACUGAUGGACACGGUCAUCUUCAUACCCAGGAUGUACACAUAGCAUUUGGAGGCAUGUUGGCUGCAAUGAGAUAGUAGAAGUGGUCUGCAUGAGAGAGCUGUGACAUUUGUCCCUCCAUAUUCCCUGUUUUGCUAUUUGAACAUGACCACGCAAGCUCUUUUGCCGCUCUCGGGGCGCAGGAUACCCACUCUGUCCCCAGGUGCUUCGUCAUUUCCCCACCACAGAGCAACCUUGAGGCUCUCGGAGAAGUUUAUCCUCCUCCUCAUCCUCAGUGCCUUCAUUACGCUGUGCUUUGGGGCGUUCUUCUUUCUUCCAGACAGUUCCAAGCACAAGCGCUUUGACUUGGGGUUAGAGGAUGUUUUGAUACCACACAUCGAGCCUGGGAAGGAAGGACGGCACAGCAGCGGUCAGGUCAUACACGGACAAGGAGUGCAUGAUGAGCAUAGACACAGGGAAGAGGAGGAGAGUCUCCGCAGUAAAAUCCGGGCAGAUCACGAACGUGCGCUGCAGGAGGCCAAGGAGAAACUUCGCAAGUCCAAAGAUGAACUGAAGGCAGAGAUCCAGACAGAAAAGACUAAGGUGGUAAAGGACCUAAAAAAGAAGGACGGCCCAAAGCCUCUGCCCCCAGUGCCCAUGCCCAAACUGGUGGGCAUUAAUGAUGGAGACCCUGGAGACCCUGACGUUAAAGAGAAACGGGACAAGAUCAGAGAGAUGAUGAAGCACGCGUGGGACAGCUACAGGCAGUACGGCUGGGGACACAAUGAGCUCAAACCCAUUGCUAAGAAAGGACAUUCCACAAAUAUAUUUGGUAAUUCCCAGCUGGGGGCCUCGAUUGUAGAUGCCCUGGACACACUCUACAUAAUGGGCCUCCACGAUGAGUUUAAAGAUGGUCAGGAGUGGAUUGAAAAGAACCUGGACUUCAGUGUGAAUGCAGAAGUGUCUGUCUUUGAAGUCAAUAUCCGCUUCAUUGGAGGUCUGCUUGCUGCAUACUACCUUUCUGGACAGGAGGUUUUUAAGGUGAAGGCUGUUCAGCUGGCUGAGAAGCUGCUUCCUGCCUUUAACACUCCCACAGGUAUCCCCUGGGCCAUGGUCAACCUCAAGAGCGGUGUGGGUCGUAACUGGGGCUGGGCAUCGGCCGGGAGUAGCAUCUUGGCUGAGUUUGGAACGCUGCACAUGGAGUUUGUGCAUCUUACAUAUCUGACUGGGAAUCCUGCUUAUUAUCAAAAGGUGAUGCACAUCAGGAAGCUGCUGGCUAAAAUGGACAGACCUAAUGGCCUCUACCCGAAUUACCUGAACCCUCGAACAGGCCGCUGGGGCCAGCAUCACACAUCAGUGGGAGGCCUUGGAGACAGCUUCUAUGAGUAUCUGUUGAAGGCUUGGCUCAUGUCUGAUAAAACUGACGCAGAGGCUCGAAAAACAUAUGAUGACGCUAUUGAGGCUAUUGAGCGUCACCUCAUUCGGAAGUCCAGCGGGGGCCUCACUUUCAUUGGCGAGUGGAAGAACGGCCACCUGGAGCGCAAGAUGGGUCACCUGACCUGCUUUGCUGGGGGCAUGUUUGCACUAGGGGCUGAUGGGUCACCUGGGGACAAGGCUGGUCACUACCUGCAGCUGGGAGCUGAGAUUGCCCAUACAUGUCAUGAGAGCUACGAUCGCACAGUUCUCAAGCUCGGUCCAGAGGCUUUCAAGUUUGACAGUGGGCUGGAGGCAGUUGCUGUGAGGCAGAAUGAGAAGUAUUACAUCCUGAGGCCAGAAGUGAUUGAGACUUACUGGUACAUGUGGAGAUUCACGCACGACCCCAAAUACAGGCAAUGGGGCUGGGAGGCAGCGCAGGCAAUAGAUAAAUAUUGCAGAGUCAGCGGGGGAUUCUCUGGGGUUAAAGAUGUCUACUCCUCCAACCCUACCUAUGAUGACGUCCAGCAGAGCUUCUUCUUGGCAGAGACCCUCAAGUAUCUGUAUCUGCUGUUCUCCAGUGAUGAUCUGCUGCCUUUGGAGAACUGGGUUUUCAACACGGAAGCUCAUCCACUACCGGUGCUGCAUCUGGGCAACGUCACCCUGCCUGGCAGCCUGGCAUAGCGAUAGAGGAACCUCAGCGAGAGUGUGCGUUCGCCUCCUCUUUUUCUGAAAGACUGCAGGGUACCUGCAUACGUUGAGGGUCUCUUCCGCUCAACCACUGUGCCGUCUGGACUCUGGGUUUUUACUGCCAAGCAGAGGGGACCAGGACACACUUUCAGACUCUGUCUACUCAUCUAUAUGUCUCUUGUAUUUUUUUUUUUUUUCACUGUCUCUGAUAAGCUGCCAAUCAGGCACAGAGAGCUUAUGUGACUCAUCUGUUGGCUGCAUGGCUCUGACAUUGGUGGAAUCUGUUAGAACUCCACAGCUAAGCAAACAAAUCAGCGGCAGUCAUGCGUUGCAGUUAACGACCAAACAUGGGAAAUAUAUAUUUUCUCUGUGAAGAAAGAGGAUUUUACAUGGCUUAUUGUUUUUUUAAUGCCUUUCAUUGCUUAGUCAGUACAGCAGGACAAACUCUCUUCCUUGCCUCCAUCAUGCUGGACUCUGACCCAGACCUGUAGGAGGCAGCAGCUGGAUGAUGUGACCUCUGAAAUUUCUCCCACUCUCGGUCUUCGAGAGAAUACAGGCCAGAGGCAUCCUGGGAUCUAUGUGGCUUCUCUUGUACUGAUUACAGUAUGCGCGUGAGUGUGUGCACAUUCUUGUGUUAGUCUGCUAUCAGCUGCCAGCACACUUCAGUCAAAUUCUGCUCCAGAUAUUAAGUCAAGUAUAUUUUUGGUUUGCCAUGAUUAGUGGGUGAAAUGACUGAAGUUUUGUGUUUAUUUGCAGCAUUAAAUAGAUUAGAUGUUGCUUCCAGGAUUAUCAUUGCACAUAAGACCUUUUCCAAAAAAAAUUAAAAAAAGAAUUGAAAAACAUUCACUCAGUUGAUAUUGCAGUGAGCAUGUGAGUAUACACGGUUUCCUUUCAACCAGUGAGACAGUCUCAAAUAAAGGGUUGUGGGUUCUGGUUCUUAUCCACACUGCUCUGUACUCAAAUUGACUGAAUUAGUAUUGGAUUUAUGGCCUCACCUAUUCAUUUUCAAGUAUCUCCAAAGUAACUUUGUUCAAGAGAAAGACCACAGCUCAAAGACCACAAUACAGUUUGGGGUUUUUUAGUUUGUUUAUUUUUUCCCAACAGGUACAUUUCACCACUAAACAUAGCAAACACGUCAGUCAUGGCAGAGAGAACCAUUUAUUUUUAUUAAUCUCCUAUAAAAUAAUUAAGUCCUGUCUUAGUUUUUUUUAUACAUACAGGGAUUUUGUUAACAUGUUCAUGAUAAAGCCAUUUGUUUGUAUUGGGUUUGCACCCUUUUUGAACUAAAGAGAGUUUUAUGGCUGUUGGAUCAAUUUAUUUUCAUUCCAGUCAGUAGAUCAUGAAUCUUUUUAACAUUUGGAUAUGCUUCUCCCCCCCACUGCAUGCUGCGCUGCCUGCCAUUGAACUGAUGAGAGUGAUAUUAAGAGAGUUUUAGUCUGAAGAAACAGGAAGGGGGCCACCACUGCUGUAGUUCACAUUAGACCAACUUCCAACUUUACAUUCUUCAAAAUGUCUUUUUGCAAGGAGGUUACUCUCAAAUUUGUCCACUGAACAACAGUAUGCAGUGUUUGUAAUGCACAUUACAACUGGUACUGGCUGGUGAGAACUAUUUCUCACACUCUUCUUCCCCCCACUUCUUCCCUCGACCACGAUUCCAUCCAGUGCAGUUGUCAUUGCUUUACCCCUCCUCCAGGUGCCAGUAGCAGCAGCGUGCAGAUGCACUAUUUACUUACAGCUCUUUUUCCCACUUGCUUACAGUCUCUUCCUCUUUAAUAUCAAAGUACUGUCACCUGUUUUUGUUGUGGAAGAAGCCCAGGCCAACAUGACCACUAGGUGGAUUUUGAGAGCUGUGUUCUGUAUUCUGUAUUUUUACUGAACUGAAAGUACUGUAAAUAUCUUUAAAAUGUGACAGAUUCAAUAAAGAUGUUACAUAAAGUGGA